AUCCGGCCCCGCGGUUCCGGGGGGGGCGGCGGUUAGCGGAGCGCGGCGGAGGCCUGCGGGCGGCCGGCCGGAAGCGCAGCACCCGCUCCGGGCCCCGCCUGGGGCGCGGCUGGCGGCAGUCCGGCCCCCGGCUCGGCUUCCGGGCUGCAGGCGCGUCGCCUCUCGAGCUCCCCGGCCAGGUCUGCAGAGAGACCCGCGAGCAGACUGUAGGUGUGUCAGCGUGUUAUGAUGCCGUCUCGUACCAACCUGGCUACUGGGAUCCCCAGUAGUAAAGUGAAGUACUCGAGGCUCGCCAGCUCGGAUGAUGGCUAUAUCGACCUGCAGUUUAAGAAAAGUCCUCCGAAGAUCCCGUACAAGGCCAUCGCCCUGGCGACAGUGCUGUUUCUGAUCGGCGCCUUUCUCAUCAUCAUCGGCUCCCUCUUGCUCGCCGGCUACAUCAGCAAAGGGGGGGCAGACCGGGCCAUACCUGUCCUGAUCAUUGGCAUCCUGGUGUUCCUGCCUGGCUUUUACCACCUGCGCAUUGCCUACUACGCCUCCAAGGGCUACCGGGGAUACUCCUAUGAUGACAUUCCAGACUUCGAUGACUAGCACCCACCCAGCGGCUGGAGAGAAGAGCUACCGAAGGCACUGAGCCGGACUAUGGCCCACGGCUAUGGAACGCUGCGGCCUGCAGAGGUUUCACACAGAGAGGCCAGGUUUAUGGGUCCAGCCUACAGACAGUCACUGAGCUUGCAACGUUUAGCUAAUUAGGACGUGUUCCGCUUUGCUCCUGGCAGGUGCUCCAGACAAGUUUUUCCGUGUGCGUAUGUGUUGACGGCUAGCGCGGUGAGUGGCACUUGGGGAGGGAGGGCAUUCCGUGGGCCAGAGUGCCGCGCUGCCUCUUUGUCAGAGUGUUCCCGUGACAAACGGAAGGCGCCGUGUGUCCACCCUCUUCUUCCCAAGUAGUUUUGGAACGUCUGCAUAGCACCUUCCCUCGCCUCUGACUUCGUGUUCCGGUGGGAGACUGUGACCAAGCCAAAGUGCCAGUGACUCUUCCUUGUAAUUAGUUUUGCCUGCUUUAGCUUAUUAACUGCAGUCAGGAAUUUUCCAAACCUCAGAGCAAGUUUUCAGAAUGUAAACACUUUCUCUCAUCACCAACCCUUGGCCAGCUCGGAGCCGGGUCACCCGUGGGUUGGCCAGCAUACGGUUAGGGUGUUCUGUCCUUUUGUACAUGAAGAUGUCUGUAUAUCACGCCGUGAAGGACUGGACUUUGGCUGUUUCCUAAGGAAAAUGUAGAUAAGUGGUUAUUAUUUAGAGUUUAUAACCUUGUUAGCACCUUGUAUUAUGUAAUUUUACGGAGCGUGUGGCCUGGCUCCCUACAGGACGAGACUUGGUUUGAUUUUGUUUCCUAGCUUUCACAAAGUGACUUCUGUUCGAGAGAUUAAAAUUGUCAAAUCCAAAUCCUAGGCUUAAAAUAAAAUGAGUUCACUUUAAACAUA